UGUCGUGCUGAAAAAUAACGUUGUUAGCGUUCACAAACGGAAUAACGCGUGGCUGCAGAAUUUCGUUGCAAUAUAUGUUCGCAUUUAAGUUACCUGGAAUAUGCACUAGGUUUGUCCUAGCGGUGUGACAAAUGGCUGCCCACAUCAUGACCCCCCACCACCGAAUCUGUCGACUUCUGUAACACAGUUAGAUGCAUAACAUUCAUUACGUCGCCUGUACAGUAGGCCUAUAUACCCUCACUCUUCCGUCGGCUUGACGAAGCAUGAAUCGGCAUUCAUUGCUAAAGGUAACUCUUCUCCAUAUUGGUGUACACGCCAUAACCUGCAUCGUGGGCACCAAAGACGCCGUUGUCGAUGAUGUUCCCGUGUUCGUAUUAUUCUUCUAGCAGGCCGUAUUGGUCGUAUACCAGCUUCCCGUAGACAAAACACUAUGCGUUUCUUUUUUGAAGAGUAUAUAUACAUACAUAUACGAAUAGAAAAUCCUUCUGUGUUGCUGGCACCUCUCUAAAGUAGCAAGGGGGCUUAAGAUAAUAUAUUUUUUUUAAAGAAAAAGUCAGAAGCCUCCUUUAAGAGUCAUAUAUCUCUUUAACUCUAAAAAAAACCCCAUCGCUUCUGCUACAAAGUGUGUGUGUGGGGGGGGGGGGGCAUGUCAACUUGCCCCUCCCCUUGUUACGCUAAUGUAGACCAUUUAAACAUUGACAAAGUAGAAGCAACUGCAGCCUCAGGGCUUAAUGUGUAAAUACCUUUAUGUCAUUUUAUUUAGUGGAGGUUAAAAUCACGUGUAGGGCCCAAUUGAAAUUUAGAGAGCUCUGCUAAUAAACACCAUCUUUAAAUCUUUUAACUAUCACGUGCCAUCUCAUUUUCAUGCAGGUAUAUUAAAUGUUUGGUCCACUCCCAUACUUUCACGUGUAGCCUGUGUGUGUUAACAGUAUUUGAUACAACUGAAUGUUAUGUUGAGAUUAUUGAUUACUUUAAACAGGAAUCUGAAUAAGGUCGCCAACAAAAAAAGUUAAACCUCAUGGGGGCCUCUUCACAAUUACCUUGACAUACACGAUACAAUAAACAUUCAUUUUAAAACGCUACAAUUUUAAUACAGCACUAUUAAUUCACUAGAAGUAAACGCAUUUAAUUAUUGUAUAAACGCAUAUGUUGGACUUGUCAUGUAAAGUUAUAAACUAAUCAACUGAAUAGGUACUAUAUUCCGACAUGUGCCACGGCAGUCCCGUAACACUGUCAACUAUAGGCGUAGAGAUACAUUCACUCGGUUGAGCAAACUAAAAGCAAAGAGAAGAGGACACCAUGUAUAAAAAAGGAGUUUUAAAAUUUUAAUAUUAUAACCAGCAGGUACCAAGUUUACAGUAUAACUGCUGGCCAUAUAGCACCAUGAACACGUCGGUGAACUGUAGCGACAUGACGACCAGUCUGUCAAUGAGCGCCAACACGUGUAUUUUAGAGGAUGACCUCAGUGAGCCAAGUUCUCCAGAAAGCGGAUUCGAUGCGUCAGAACUACUACAAGGCACCGUGUCUGAUGAGGUGACAGCACAGCUGGCGGCUGCAGGUCCUGUGGGUAUAGCAGCUGCUGCUGCAAUUGCUUCAGGAAAGCGGAAGGGACAUCCCCACCAUUUUGAAACCAAUCCUUCUCGCAGGAAAAGACAACAGACAAGGCUUAUCAGGAAGCUGAGAAGUACGCUUGAUGAGUAUACAACGCGUGUGGGACAGCAGGCAAUUGUGUUGUGUUGUACUCCCGGCAAGAAUUCACAAUCUGGUUCAUCGUUCAAGGUGUUUGGAUCUCAACCCCUCGAGUCUGUGAUGCGAAAUUGUCGAGGGAUGAUAAUCCAGGAACUUGAGACCUCCCUUGAGGAGCAGGCUCCGGCUGGGAACGCGUCCAUGGCUCACCUUCACGACCUUCCCUGUCUCGUUAUUGAUGGCAUUCCAACACCUGUGGACAAAAUGACACAGGCUCAACUUAGGAACUUCAUUCCAGAAAUGUUGAAAUACUCAACAGGGCGGAGCAAGCCAGGCUGGGGCAAGUUUGAAUGUCGGCCAGUUUGGUGGCCGUGUGACCUGCCGUGGGCUAACGUCCGUAGUGACGCUCGGACAGAAGAGGAGAAGAAAAACGUGUCGUGGACUGAAGCCCUGCGUACUAUAGUUAAGAACUGUUACAAACACCAUGGUCGCGAAGACCUGCUCCACGUUUUCAGUGAGACACACAAUCAGCAGCCCGAGCAGACCGCGGCUCAGUUCACCGGCACAAUGGUUCAGACGAUCAGCAACCCGGACGGUACCGUCUCCAUCAUCCACAUAGACACUGGGCCGCAGGGAAACUCGGUUAUUACGCUAGCCGACGGAACACAGGCCACGGUCGUACAGGCCAUCAAUGUGCAGCAGUUGCAUGAAAACCAGCAGGAGGCCAAUCAAGCUGUACAGACACUGGCUGAAGGAACAGCCAAUCAAAAUGAUGUGAACAGUUUCAUGAACCAGAUGAUUCCAGUUACCAUGGAAAACCUGACGGGGUUAUCAGGAGCUACUGUCAACCAAAAUGGACAGUUGGUGCUUACGUCCGAUAGUGGAUUAGGAGGUAUUGUAACUAUGCCAGCGUCAAUGUACCAGAGUGUGACUUCAAGCAUGAACAUGGUUGACUCAGUUCAGAUGGGUGGGGUCCAGGUUGCCAUGGCACCGCUCAGCUCUCUCAAACUGGAGGUCCCGGAUGCGACUCAGGCUGUAGAGGUUUCUUCUAAUGAACAGGAUCAAGUAUCAUGACAUCAGGAUCAGUUCUAGAUUAACGUUUUUCUGUGCUAUGUUUUAAGAGCACAGUGUGGUCCUGUAGUAUCAGACAUAAGAAAUGGCAUACUCAAUUUAAAACACAAUUGUUUGGAAUAGUAAUGGAUAUCAAACUGCAACCCCUGCAGUUGCCCACGGCAAUCAGCAACGCUGUGGAGUUUUUAAUUCUCCACCGCACUUUGUUGCCUUGGACUAUGUUCAGGUUUUAGUGUUUUCAGUGGCAUGCUUUUUUUGCCGUGGAUCUUUUCUUAAUUGCAGGCUUUGAACUGCAACAGAUUUCCUUUAACCAUCACAUGAAUAUUAAAAUAAAAAUUUCAAGAAUCAUAUUUCCUUGAUAAAUAUUUAGAAUUAAUUUUCAAGAAUCAUAUUUCGUUGGUAAAUAUUUAGAAUUAAUUUUCAAGAAUCAUAUUUCCUUGAUAAAUAUUUAGAAUUAAUUUUCAAGAACCAUAUUUCCUUGAUAAAUAUUUAGAAUUAAUUUUCAAGAAUCACUUUUUGUUGAUAAAUAUUUAGAAUUCAACAUAUUAUAAUUUAAAAAAUGUUCUUCAAUUCUAGUAAUAUAUUUCCCCAUUAACUCUUGACAGUAAGUUAUUCUGAUAAAAUAUAUGCCAUUUCUUUUGUGAACUGAUAUUUUCCAAGUUGAAGAGAGAAAGUUCAACACUAUUGUUCAGACAUUUGGAGAUAUACACCUAUAUUUUGGGUUAAAUUAAUAGAGGUAAUAUAAACUGGUGCCAGCUGUAAAAAGCAUUUGUAAAAAGAAGCUAUAAAAGAAACCGAUUGUGUACCAGUUUGUAAAUUGAGACAUUUCUACUACUUGAAUAAAUGUGAAUACGAGUGUUGGAUGUGUUUGGAACGGGAAUACUGUAUUGUGUAAAUUUUGUUGUUUGUUGAUGCAUAUUCCAAACUAUUGUGAUAAUCAUUCCGAGUUGACAGAACAAUCACACUGGACCGAAUUUAUGAAGCCAGUUUUUUCUUAAACGCAGGUGUUUAAGCUUUGUAAAUGUCUGUUGUUACAUGCGUGUAAGACAUAAACAGGUGUUUAAGCUUUGUAAAUGUCUGUUGUUACAUGCGUGUAAGGCAUAAACAGGUGUUU